CACAGAUAUUGCAGCAUUUCUGCUGCUCCCAGUUGUGAAGGAAGAUCAAGUAAGAGGCGGGUCCCUUUGAACAAGGAGGAAACUGCUGCAAGGAGCUACGAUCUGCAGCACAACAUGAUCCUGGGACUAUGAGCAGAAAGCUCUUCAUGUACCUGGAACAAAAGGAGACUUCAGAGGGAGAAUGUAAGCUCAGUUUCAGACUAGCCUACAUUUUCUCGUAUAACCUGUUCCAGUUCUGUGGACACACGUGGAUCCUGGCUAAUACCAUAGCCAGGUUUCUCACAUUUGGUCAAGAUGCCUUAGCAGACACAUUUUACUCUGUUGGCUUCAUGAUGGGUUUGUGCCAGCUGCUCUCUAUCCUGGAGCUUUUCCAUAUCGCAGAUGGGAUUGAGAAAGCCAGACUCCUCCCUCGCUUCGUCCAAGUUAUGGAGAAGAACUUCCUGCUGAUCAUGGUCAUCAUGCUGGAGGAGGUCCAGAGUAAACCAGUGGUGUGUGCACAGCUCUUCUUAUGGAACAUUCUGGACCUCCUACGGUACCCACAUGAGCUGCUGUGUGUAAUGGACACACCCUCCAUCCCCAUGCUGUGGACCCGCUACACACUCUACAUUCCCUUAUACAUCCUGUCAGUGGCCACUGAAGGUGUCACUAUAUACCAGGCCCUGCUUUAUGUGGAGCCAACAGCAACGAACGCUUCCUCUUUGAAUUCAACAGUGUCAACACAGGUUCACCUCCCCUUCCUCCUGAUGGUCUACCUGCCUGUCCUGGCUCUUGGGGCCUCUGUGACCGUCUGGCAACUGCUGCAGGAGAGACAUCACCACCUGGAGAAAUGGAACAAGAAGAUGAAACGGAAAUGACACCUUAAAGAUUGAAUGUUUGGAAGUCCUUCAGGAUAUUCCUCUGAAGUUCAUCAGGGACUACUUUUUUUAAAUUCUGUGAGCUUGAUGUCAUCACAAUGUGGGAUCAUUAAAAUCUGUAUUUUCUAGAGAACUUGAACUCAAGUGCCAGAAACUCAAACUCAACAUCCUAAAAUAUUUCAACUUUUAAUGGGCAUGUAUCGACAGGGCACGUUCCUCUUGACGUUGUGAUUGAAGUAGAGCUACCAUGGCAGUGCAGUACAGAGUCCAUGUCACUGAAGUGAGCCUCACACAUCCAGAGCCGUCGCUGCAUCCAUGUCCAGCAGUCAGAGGCAGGGAAGAUGUUCCAGUCAUGUUUGUGUGAAGAGCCUCUGUAUGCAUUGCCACGGGCUCCUCUGGGCUACCAGCCGUAUGCUCUGGUCCACACAGCUUUCUUCUUGAACUCAGCGGAGGACUUCAGGGCCAACAGGGCAGCUGAAACAACAACCAUUAGGUAAUGCAGACUUCUAUGGAUAUUUUCAUUGUUGUCUUCUUUUUUGUCCAUCACCUGCCUACAACACCUUUUUAGGAUCACUCUACAUUGCAUAUCAUGUUAAAUACACAUAAUACACAUAUAUAAUAUGGUGUAAAUAAUCCAGCGCCUCUUAAAUCAUUUUGUACUGUAUAUACAGUAUUGGUUACAGACUCUCUCCACUUAUUUUGGUGGCAUAUCCUUCCUCAAAAAACAUUUGUAAAGACCAUUUUUUUUGUAUAUUUUGAAACCUGCAUGGUCUAUAUAAGAGUAAUAAUUGACAUUGUUUGCAGAUGAAGGUCUCCUGUCAGCAGUUUUACAUACAUCUCUUAUAUAAUGAUGGUCUGUUGAUGAUGCUCCGUCAACUGGCGGCCCGCGGGACAAAUACUUGCCAAAGCUUCCCAUCCGAUAUGCAGCAUUUUUUAUUUCUAUAUUGAAGCAACCCCUUAAAAAUUUCAGAUGGAAAUAAUUCUAUUAGAAAUAAUUUAGUAACCUUAAAUAUGUGCGUUCGACCCGUGGGUCAUGAAUCCAUCCGUCAGCUCAGUAUUAGCGAUGCAGGGGUCAGGCCUGCCUCACAAAGCUGUGCUUGCUUCACUGGUUGAGAACUGAAUAGCAGUAACAUGGGAAAAGUGAAACUGCCCCUACUGGACAAAUUUGCAGUUGAUGAUCCUGUUCUAUGGGGACAUGCUUUUAGGGACACUAGGUGUAGUACCACAGUUGGCCACUGGGACAAUUGGCAGCACGGUAUCCACCUCUCUUAAUUCGGCCCAGUUUCAAGCCUCACAGAUGUAAAUCAGUCAUGACAUCACUGUUAGUCUCUUAGUCCAGGAGAGUGUUAAGACUUCAAACACUGAGUAUUGGAACAUCACGUAAUGGAAUCAUGUUCCCUGGACAGAGAGGUUUCUGUGGAGAGUGAAGUGUGAGUCUGAAAUGUCAUACGGUGUCAUUUUAAGAGCAUUACUGUUUCCGGGGCUCAACAUUUUAUAACGGAGUAUUGUUUGCUGUUGUUUCUGCAUUCUUUACCUUUGGCUGUGCUGACGGUGGUGGCUGACAGAGUCUGUUCAGGACCUUCUGUGAUGCUGAAAAGCCAGUCUAUGAACUGAGACACACAAACACACGCUCAGGUUGUCGUCAUCUUUCUCUAAAAAAAACGUAGUGAUUGUUUUUCACAGUGCAGAAUAUUAAACUCACUAACCUUGUGAGUCUGGCUGCUCCAGGGCUCUUUGUCCAGCAGCAGAGCCAGGCUGCGGGACAUACCCAGCAGGCACUGCGGCAGGGCGCGGUCCGUGAGCGACUCCUCACCGUACAGACCGUGUUGCAGAGUUUGGGGCUUGGAGUCGGGGUGCCAUGGGAACCACUGGGCCCUGACGCCGAGGAGGAGAGGCAUGGAGUGGUCGCCCCAGGAAACCACAGCAGCAGCAAAGACCUGGAACAGGAAGUCUGUGGCCUGCAGGAGAAGAAGGAAACUCUACGUUCAGAUCAUUUGAAUGCAGGCUGUUCAAAGAGUUACACAAAUAGAGAAGAGAUGUAAAACUGCUUGGGAGCUUAUGACACCAACAGUAUGACAGAUCAUCAAGCAACAUAGUUCAGUGUGUCCACUGCUGGCAGAAUCAAGUUGUAUUGUGGGUAAUGUAGGUGCCAUGUUUUGACAAGGACAAAGAAUGUGUGGAAUAAGACGAUUCUAACAACUGCAGAUAUGUUGCACAAUAUAUUCUAUUCUUCAUAUUUUAAUCACAAUUCUCUUCUAUACAGCUUUCAUUUGAAUUCAGAUACAUUGUACAUAUUUGAUUAUUUUAUAGUAUUUUUUGUGUUGUUAUUCAAAUUUUCUUCUGAUCUAUAUUUAGGUUUCUUGAUUUUUGUACUUGUUUUUAUUUUCAAAAUCAUUUUCUCUUAUAAUGUGUAUGUUAUGAACCAAUACACCUAAACUAAUUCCUACUGCUAACACGAUUGUUGGAUUGAAGCCACCAAUAGCCACUAAUAUAUAAAUAUUCACUAUUUAUAUGGAGGAUGCUGAGAUCCAAUAUGCCCCGUUCAGCUCGUCAUACAAUAUUUGGUGUCUUUAGAAAUUCUGAGAUCCCUGACCAAUGCACAGCACAGUGCGAUUGUGUGAAGAUGGACCUACAGGAGGGUACUUUAGAUAUUAAUCUGGUAUAUUAUAAAUACUUGGGUCUAAUUUCUAUAGAAUUGUAAUCACAUUUACAACCUGUCUGCUUGUGUUUCUUACACCAUCGGACUUCAUUGUAACAAUGGCACCGUGUUCACACUUAUCAGAAAACAUCCGAAGUGAAAACUACAAAAAUACAACCCAAGUUAAAAUAAACCAGAAUAAUCCUUUAAAAUAAAAAGAUGGUAAUUUGUAACAGAUCAUUUGAUGGAUUUUUAACUGUUAAAUACGACCAACAAAGUGUAAAACCCGUCUGCACAUUGAACUCAUUUUAGUGACAACGAGAGUGGAGCUGCAUUCCAAACCGUGUCAGGAAUGACUCUCACCUACAUGCUGAAACCUCAUCUGUGGCAUGUGGUAACAACACACUGACAGCUCUAGAAAUACCUCACUGCAGUUUUCCAGCAUGGCUCACAAAAACAUACCAGUUUGGUGUCUCCACAUGUGAUGGAGUUUGCACCGUAGGCGACAUUUCGGAUGUGUCCCAUUAGCUCCAGCAGCCACUCCAUUCGUUUCGAAACACCUAUGGCGAAGAAUAAACAUUAUUGGACAUUAACAUACUGUACAACUAUGAUACACGUGUUGCAUGCAGAGAAAGAUAAAUAAAAAGAAACCUUGAGAAGAGGCAUACUAUGUGUUGCCUUGCUUAUAAAUCAAUCAUUAUUUAUGAAAUUUAGAAAUUCUUGACUUUGGUACCAUCUAGUGGACGUAUCAGAAACCGCCAUAGUUUUUUUUUACCUUUGAAAGCUUAGUAUUCU